CGUUCAUACGCAGCCUCGGUGGAGUUGAAAGACAGAUAAAGGGGGAUCCAGUCAAACUGCUCUUCAAGAGAACAACACCUGCUGGAAAUCUGGAUGGAUUCAAUGACAGGAUGCUUUCUGAUAUCCGAUCUCUGGACGGCUGUCAGUGCCGAGUAGUGCCGGAGGCUGCAGGGUGGCUGUGUGCUCUCGGGAGUUCCUGAGAGCGCGGCGAGCAGACGGAGGGGGGGACCAGCCGAGACACAUCCACAGCUCCCAGUGAGCGGAGAGAGACGGAGAGAGGACUGGUGCUCGCUCGCUCGGAGACCUAGACUCACUAUCAAACACACACACACACACACCUCUGCACGGGUGUGUUUGUUGUGGCAGCUUCUCAGGGAUUUUAUGGAGGAGGGCAACUGGGUCGGCGUUGGCUUGAUGGUGGUGGUGUGGCUGACUCAGGGACGGGCCUGGCAGGCGGCUCUCUUAGUGACGGGGCUGGCAUCACUGAGGAGCCCCGGGUCAAACGCCAAUGUGCUGGACACCAUGCUGCUGAAGAAUGGAUGGAAGACAGGAUCAGAGCGGAGGACAGAGGACAGCGGCAGCAGAGCAACCAUUUCAGCCCCGAACAUGCUCUGGUGUCACUGCUACCACCACUGUCCCGACGACUCUGUCAACAACACAUGCAUGACUGAUGGUUACUGCUUCACGAUGGUGGAGGAGGAAGAGGGGGGUCUGUCUGUACUCACUGCAGGGUGUCUGAGUCUGGCCGGGUCUGAGUUCCAGUGCAGAGACAUAUGGAAUGCACGCCUGAGGAGAGCCCUGGAGUGCUGUACAGAUCAGGACUAUUGCAACAAAGAUCUGCACCCCACUCUGCCUCCACAUAGGACAUCCGAUUACAUGGACAACAGAAUCCACUACACGGCCCUCUUCAUUUCAAUCACAGUCUGCAGCAUCAUCCUGGGUCUCAUCCUCGCCUUCUGCUACUUCAGAUAUAAGCGGCAGGAUGCACGGCCGCGCUACAGCAUUGAUCUUGAGCAGGAUGAGACCUACCUGCCCCCUGGAGAGUCUCUGAAGGACCUCAUAGAGCAUUCCCGCAGCGUUGGGUCUGGGUCUGGGUCAGGACUCCCUCUACUGGUGCAGCGCACCAUCGCCAAGCAGAUUCAGAUGGUUAAGCAGAUUGGAAAGGGGCGCUACGGAGAGGUGUGGAUGGGCAAGUGGAGGGGAGAGAAAGUGGCCGUCAAAGUCUUCUUCACCACAGAGGAGGACAGCUGGUUCAGAGAGACCGAAAUCUAUCAGACUUUCCUGAUGAGACACGACAACAUACUAGGAUUCAUCGCAGCAGACAUUAAGGGAACUGGCUCAUGGACCCAGCUGUACCUGAUCACAGACUACCAUGAGAACGGCUCUCUGUAUGACUACCUCAAGUGCAACACCUUAGACACCAAAGGGCUCCUCAAGCUGGCCUACUCCUCCAUAUCAGGCCUCUGCCACCUGCACACCGAAAUCUACGGCACACAGGGCAAACCAGCCAUCGCCCAUCGAGAUCUGAAGAGUAAGAACAUCCUGGUGAAAAAGAACGGAGCAUGCUGUAUAGCAGACCUCGGACUGGCUGUCAAGUUCAACAGUGAAAGCAAUGAGGUGGACAUCCCUCCCAAUUUGCGGGUUGGCACCAAACGCUACAUGCCACCUGAAGUGCUGGACGAGACCCUGAGGAGGAACUAUUUCCAGUCUUUUCUGAUGGCUGACAUGUACAGCUUUGGUCUCAUUCUGUGGGAGAUUUCACGACGCUGCGUCUCUGGAGGCAUUGUAGAGGACUAUCAGCUGCCCUAUCAUGACCUCGUGUCCAGUGACCCUUCCUACGAGGACAUGAAAGAGGUGGUCUGCAUUAAGAAACAGAGGCCCUCGUUUGCAAACCGCUGGAGCAGUGAUGAGUGUCUGCGACAGAUGGGAAAAAUAAUGUCGGAGUGCUGGGCUCACAACCCUGCGUCUCGCCUCACAGCCCUGAGGGUGAAGAAGACCAUGGCGAAGAUGUUAGAGUCCCAAGACAUCAAACUGUGACCGAGAGGCGAGAGAGAAUCUCUCAUCACCUAAAGACUUGUCACUGCCACUGGCGUAGUGCCACUUACACUGGCCAAUAGCUGAAAGGGAAUGUAUGAAAAAAAAAGAGACUGUGAAUAAUAGGGCAAAGGAAACUGACAGGGAUGCUGAACAUGAAGAUGGAAGAGAGGGGUAGAUAGAGAGCCAGCAAAAAAAGAAAAAGAAGAAGAUGCAAAAGACAUUAUGCCAGGGCCAGAUCUCCCCUCCCCUCGCCUGAGCCACCUCUGUCCCAGAGCGAGUGGCCUGUUCAGGCUGUGCUUUCUGUGAAAGCUAAGUGCUCCUCCGGCCGGGUCUGUCUGUGCGACGGGAUCCAGGUAGGCAGGCAGACGGGGACCCUCGCAGGAGAGGACUCCAUCCCUCUGAUCAGCUGUAGACAGGGGAAGCUCCUGCUCUGCCCUUCUGAAGCCAUAUAACAGUAUUACAGAGUGCAGCCUUUCGUACUGGAAGAGCUGUUCUCAUUUUUUUCUCGCAGUUGCUGCACGCUGUAACAUCACAGCAGACUUCAUCAACUGGAGCCCACCUUGUCAGCCAAAGAUAGUGAUUCUUUCUGUGCAAACCCACAGUCAUCCAAAGAAAUGUCUGCUUCAUGCUCAGUGACCUCUAUGUCAAAGAUUAUUAUUGAGAUUAUUAUUAUUAUUGUUAUUAUUAUUAUUAUUAUUAUUAUUAUUAUUAUUAUAUUACAUACAUAUGAUCCAUAUUAUUUCAGUAGGCUUGUUUGCUAGUAAAGUUCUGUUAUUAUUGUGGUUCUGAAGAGAGGUGCAUUGUUGACCUGUGCUGUCUUUCAGGCUGACUGAGCAGGGACUGAACCUUGUUGUUUUUGUCUUCCUCAUACUUUUGCCCUUUUCCCUCGCAAAGAAAUUCUACAAAUCAAAUUAUUCUAUCAGAUUUAUUGAUAAUUAUUGCCUCGAUGCUAAUGUUAAAUAUGUGUUUUUGAUUAUUUGUCCAUAACUCGUGUACAGAAGCCCCCGUCCACUCUAUCACAACGGCGUGUGCCUUAUUUAAUCUGUACAUAUGUGAUUACGAAAGUGUGUGAGUGGAUCUGGGUAACAUUCCCUAAUAAAACUGCUUUUUG